AUGAAGAAAGUGAUGUUGAAUUAUUAGCUUCAACAUCUACAUCUACUCCAGCUUUAUCUACCUCAGCUUUGUCUACUCAAAAUACAAAGGUUACUAAAAAAAAAAAAACGAAAACACCUGAUAAUAAAGAAGUAGAAGUGGAAAAGGUUUCUUGUAAAUUUGAAGAUCGUGAUACAAAAUAUGUAUGGCUAGGAUCAACCAGUAAUUGUAUAACCCAUCUUCGUAAUAUACACCAAAUUACCAAAGAAUCACUUAAAAAUACAUUAGUAAAAGCAAAGCAACAAACGAUUUACCAAUUGGAUGAACAUCAUGCAUCUGAUAUUGUUGAAUCUGUUAAUUCUGUUCUUAAUAAAUUUAAAAUUAAUUGUCAAAACGUUUUUCCUAUUACUACUAAUAAUGGAUCCAAUGUCAGGUCCACAGUGCAACAAAUGGGUUUAAAGAAAGUUGAUGAAAUCAUUUCAAAAUGUAAAGCACUUAUCUCAAUUUUAUCAAAAGAAAAAAAACAUAGACAACUUUGUGAAGCUCAAUUACAGAUUACUCCAGAGCUUAAAGAGCCACUUGAUGUUAUUAAAGACAUGAAUACAUGUUGGAAUUUUACUCUUUAUGCUAUUGAACAUCUUGUAUAUUUAAAACCUGCUAUCAUACAAUUAUACUCAACUCUUACUAACCUUACAAUUAGGAAGGUCAGAAAAGGAGCAGAAACCAUGGGCUCUUAUAUUCCCUCUUCAGAAGAAUUUGAAUUAUUAGAAGAACUUAUCGAAGUUCUUUCCCCUUUUGAUGAAGCCACUCAAUUUUUAAGCGGAUCGAAGUAUCCAAUACUGGGUUUCAUAAUACCAAUUUUGAAAGAACUUGCUCAUCGGCUUAGAUAUUUUAUUGGACAAAAUAGUAUGGCAAUUCUUGUUAAAGAUACAAUUUUUAGAAUGCCUGAUGAAUUUGACCGAUAUUGUGAACUUCCCUCAAUUGCUCUUGAUGAAGAAUCUUGUCCUUUAGAAUGGUGGUCAAGAAGAUAUUUUGCAGUGCCGGCAUCUUCCGUACCAUCAGAGCGCCUAUUUUCUAAUGCCAGAAAUCAUGUAAUGGAUAAGCAUAAUAGACUUGAUCCAGAUUUUUUGAACAAAUUGGUAUUUCUUAAAAAAAAUAUGAAAUCUAUUAAUAUUUUUUCUUCACUCAAUUAA